AUGUCGUUUUCAGCCGGGAAAAUCAUCAAGGAGAACUGGGAGACAACAAAAACUCCCCGAGAAAAUGUGCUGUGUAUGGGUUUAGCCUUCAAUCCAAAUGAAGCAGUUCCAGUAAGGCAACCGUAUCGUGACAUUAUUGAUUUCGAGCCUAUCGAAGAGAUGAAUCUUGUUGAAGCGCAAGCAUUAGGAACAAUAGAAGAACAACGGUUGAGGAAACAAGAAGCAAAACGUGUGGUGCUUUUGAAAGAAAAAGCCAUCAAAGUCGUUUCAUCGUUGGAAAACGAAGCGAAAGAUCUGCUUGCUGGACGUGAAUCACAACCACGUGUUGUUCGUUUACCUGAUAGGGAUGUUGAGCUGCUGAUCUAUCUUUCCCAGCGAUAUGGUGAAGAUUAUAAGGCUAUGGCCAGAGAUUCAAAGAAUUUGUUCCAAUACACUCCUAAGAAGAUUCAUAAUCUGAUGAAGAUCUACAAGUCAUCUGGUUUUUAU